CACAAUUACGUCUUUCUCUUCCCUAUACCCUCACUAUUGUCUCGAUUCUCCCCUCUUGAAGAUGCACGCUGCCCUCGCCCUCACUCUUGGCCUCGCCAGCCUCCUUGCCGGCAUACAAUCCAUCACGAUCCGCCAGCCAUCUCUGGCUCAUAUUCGCCAACCAGCCAUCGGCGAGGUCACUAAAUUCAAGACAUUCGACCCAAGCCUCUGCUCCCUCAGAGGCACUGAUGGGAAGCACUAUUGUGUCAGUGCGUGGCCUUCCGACUUUUACAAACCCCUUGGCGAACAGGACGGCGGUAGCUCUGGUAUCCUUUGCGGAACGUUUGAAAAGAUCGACAAGGACAACCAUAGUGUCCAAGGCACCAUCUGCGCGAUCCCCACUGAGCGAGCCACUUUCACCCUAAAAGAAAAAAGUGUAGAGCAUGCUUCGAGUGAACAACCUCCCGAGAUCUACAUAAGCUACACGAAACCCAGCUCCGACACCAGCAACACCAUCACGGGUGUGGUGCCACAAAGCAACCAAGUGCCAAAUCCCAACGAGAGCAAGGUCAAGACGCAAUCACUUACUCGUAGGAUCGUCGUCAAGGGAUCUGGCUCGUCAGACUAUGUUGUCCAGUUCCGGGGCACUGACAAGUCAACGCAGUGUAUAUUCACGAGUAAAUACCAAGCUUACCACCACCAGCAUCCCUACGAUCUCAAGGACUGGGACGGCUCGACCACUGUCGGCGAUGGCGUAGAGUGCUUCUACGUGGCGCGCAUGCCAGUUAACGAACGACCUACAUCAUACAAGACCGGUCGCAUCAGCGACAUCAACUCGAUCGGCGGCGACCCGUCAGUGUCUCUUUGAGCGAAGCCGAGCGCCAGGGGAUGUCACUGAUAGCAAGUGGUC